UCGGUGGAGUGUCUAAUUCUUGCGUUAAAACUUGUUACGCGCUUUAGCAGUCUAUGCGUUCGUCAUACACGCAAUUGCAAAUGAGUCUACAUUCACUGCUACAUACUCGUAAUUUAUCCGAUCCUCCGACGUUCAUCUCCGCCGUCAGAACCGCUGACUCGAGUCAGCAAAUCUUUCAUCCCCACCAUUGGAUCCACCGUCUAAAACCAUUCUCUGAUACAGUUUCAUACUAAAUUCACAAAAGAAAAACCAGAUCAAGAGCAUUCUUCAACCCACUACUUUUCUUCUUCUUUUCUGAUUUCUGUUUCAGAAAACCCACAAAUACGCCGGUGGCAUAAUCAGUAGACGAUGGCAUCGAGCACGAUUCGUAAAGCAAUUGGGGCCGUAAAAGAUCAAACGAGUAUUAGCAUAGCCAAAGUCGCCGGAAACAUAGCACCGGACCUCGAGGUUUUGGUGGUUAAAGUCACAACUCAUGACGAGGAUCCCGCCGAUGACAAGUACUUUAGGGAGAUCAUAAACCUCACUUCCUACUCUAGGGGCUAUCUCGAUGCCUGCGUGGCUACAGUAUCGAAGAGGCUGAGUAAGACUCACGAUUGGAUCGUGGCGCUCAAGGCGUUGAUGCUUGUGCACAGGCUUUUGGUUGAUGGGAACCCUUUGUUUGAGGAAGAGAUUUUGCAUGCCACUAGGAAAGGGAUGCGGGUCUUGAACAUGGCGGAUUUCAAGGACGAAGCGCAUUCCAAUUCGUUGGAUCAUGCGGCUUUCGUCAAGUUUUAUGCCAUGUAUCUGGACGAGAAGGUGGAGUUUCUUGUGUUUGAGAAGAAGUUGAAAGGUAGGGAUAAGCCUGGGGAGAGGGAUCGGGAGCACGGAGAGUUCAGGGAUGAUUUUGAUCGUGGGAUGGGGAGGAAAUCAAGAUCAUAUGGUGAUGUUUGUGAAUCCGUGGGGAGAGAGGCUACACAAAUAAAGGAAAUGAGGCCUGAGAGGGUUUUAGGCAGGGUGAAUCGGUUGUUAAGGAUUCUUGACAGGGUUUUGGCUUGUAGGCCAGCUGGUUCUGCUCGGAACAAUAGGUUGGUGCUUGUUGCGCUUUAUAAUGUUGUGAAGGAGAGUUUUGGAUUGUAUGUGGAGAUUUGUGAGUCAUUAGGUGUUCUGUUAGAUAGAUUUACAGAGAUGGAGUAUCCGGAUUGCGUUAAGGGUUUUGAUGUUUAUGUUAACGCUGCAAAGAUGAUUGAUGAGCUUGUAGCGUUUUAUAGUUGGUGCAAAGAUAUGGGUAUUGCUAGAUCAUCUGAAUACCCUGAAGUGCAGAGGAUCACUGAUAAGCUCUUGUCCACACUCGAGAGUUUCUUGAAGGAGAUGGCUAACAGACCUAGAAGUCCUGGCAGAAACAAGGGAAGGAAACCUCCGGUUAAAGAAGAGCCACUGCCUGAUAGGAAUGAGGUGAAUGCUCCUUCUCCACCAGAGAAUUACACACCACAGCUGCCACUGCCACUGCCACUGCCACCAACUGCGCCUGAACAACCAAAGCCGCAGCCACUACAGGUGACGGAGGAUCUGGUGAAUUUAAAAGAGGAUGGUGUUUCGGCUGACGAGCAAAGCAACAAAUUGGCUCUGGCUCUGUUCUCUGGACCAGCAGCUGCCGGCAGAAAUGGUUCGUGGGAAGCGUUUGGUGGGAACGGGGAGCCUGAGGUGACUUCUGCUUGGCAAACACCAGCUGCGGAGAGUGGUAAAGCAGAUUGGGAAAUGGUUUUGGUGGAAUCAGCUAGCAAUCUGUCAAAGCAGAAAGCUACAAUGGGGGGUGGCUUGGAUCCUUUGAUAUUGAAUGGCAUGUAUGACCAGAGGGCCGUGACACAACAUGUGAGCACCGCUCAGCUGACUGGUGGUAGCGCAAGUAGUGUUGCAUUACCGGGGCCAGGCAAGAGUUGUAUGCCAGUGCUAGCACUGCCUGCUCCGGACGGGACAGUACAAGCAGUGGUGAAUCAGGACCCGUUUGCUGCAUCUUUAACAGUGCCGCCUCCGUCGUAUGUGCAGAUUGCAGACAUGGAGAGGAAACAACAGUUGCUUGUACAGGAGCAGCAGCUGUGGCAGCAGAAUGGGAUGCAAGGUCAAGUUAGUUUGGCCAAGGUGGCUACUGAUCCCUAUGCUCCAAAUCCUCAGCAAGUGAUGAUGCCUUAUGGGAUGCCGCAGUUUAAUGGCGCGGGGCAGCCAGGAGGGUACUACUACCCUCCUUACUGAAUUUUGCUGUGUUCAUGGCUGCUUUUGCUCUUUCCCUCUCACAAAUUUCCUACUUUUCCAUACGUUCUUGGAGGAUUCUUUUUAUACAUAAAAUUUCUUCAUUUACUUAUUUUUUUUCUGUUUAAAUUUGUUAUAGAUGGAAGUGUACCCAUAUAAGAAAGGAGAGAAAGAAGCACAGGAGUUGAAUAGUAUGAUGCAGUAUAUUUGUGUCUGUUAA